UCGCGUCCUCAAAAUCUCGAUGGCUAACUCCUACAGUGACUCUCCGUCGUCCCAAUACAAUGAAGAAUCGACAGGCAUGUAAAUCAUACCUUAACACGCGAUUUAAAAUUUCAAUGUUGAACUCAUUUGAAUUCCUAACUUGCAUUGCAAUAGAGGAGACAAAACAAGAGAGAGCCGCUAUCGAAGAAAAAAUUAUAAAUGAAGAAUACAAGAUUUGGAAGAAAAAUUCACCAUUUCUUUAUGAUUUAGUUAUUACACACGCGCUUGUGUGGCCAACUUUGACGUGCCAAUGGUUCAAGGAUAUCGAACGGCCCGAGGGAAAGGAUUAUACCGUUCAGCGAUUGUUAAUCGGUACUCACACUUCAGACAAUGAUCAGAAUUAUGUCGAAAUUGCCAAUAUUCAACUCCCAAAAAAUGAUACGAACAUUGAUCCCCGAAAAUAUGAUGAAGAGAAAGGAGAAGUUGGAGGUUUCGGUGGCGCCUCCGAAAGUAGAAUCAAAGUUGUUCAAAGAAUCAAUCAUGACGGUGAAGUUAAUCGAGCAAGAUACAUGCCUCAAAAUCAGGACAUUAUCGCCACAAAGACGGUCGCGGGGGAUGUUUACAUAUUUGAUCGUACAAAGCAUCCGUUGAAACCCGUCGCUGAUGGUAUUUGUCAUCCAGAGUUAAAAUUGAGAGGCCAUACAAAAGAAGGGUAUGGUUUAUCUUGGAGCCCGUUUAAAGAUGGUCAUAUAUUAGAUGCCUCAGAGGAUACUACGAUCUGUCAUUGGGAUAUUACUGGGUACACUAAGGAGACACGAACGAUGGAGCCAUUUCGUGUAUAUAGAGGACACGAGGCAUUUGUUGAGGACGUAGCAUGGCAUACUCUUGAAAAACAUAUCUUUGCCUCUGUGGGAGAUGACCAAAAACUUCUUAUCUGGGAUACGCGGGCGGAUAAAGCUGAUAAACCUGCUCAUUCUGUUAUUGCGCAUCAAAGCGAAGUAAAUACAGUCUCGUGGAAUCCAAUGAAUGAACAUAUAUUGGUCACUGGUGCUGGUGAUAAGACUCUUAACUUGUGGGACCUUCGAAACCUCAAAAUUAAACUUCACACAUUAGUUCAUCAUCAGGGGGAAGUCUUGCAAGUCGAGUGGUCUCCCCAUGAUGAAACAAUUCUAGCAUCUGCCGGUGGAGAUCGAAGGGUUAACAUAUGGGACUUAAGUCGGAUUGGCUCGGAGCAAACUGCGGAAGAUGCAGAUGAAGGACCACCGGAGCUAUUAUUUAUGCAUGGUGGACAUACCAAUAAAAUUUCCGAUUUCAGUUGGAAUCCUCAUAUACCGUGGGUAAUUGCUAGCACUGCCGAAGACAACAUUAUUCAAGUUUGGCAACCUGCAGCAAAUAUUUACUCUAUUGAUGAUAGAGAAGUUCCUCCUGAAGAAUUGGAAGACUAG